UCUUAUGCAUUAAUCAUUUACAAUACAGUAGCGCCAUCUAGAUUAUUUUUCUAUUUAAGGCUAGGUCGCAAGUAGCGGUAGUUUUUGAUAUCUCGUAUUUACAUUAGUGUAUUUCUUUUUGUAUUUAUUUGAAUAAUUAAAUAUACAAAUAUGAUAUUUUCAAUUUGUUCGCGAAGAUUUAACAUUUAUAGAAAACGUAUAAUAAUUUAUGAAACAUUGCAAAGGUGUAAUUCAUCUUUGAUCGAUGUCAAUAAGUUUUAUAACCUCAAAGGGUUAUUUCGUUUAUUGUCAAGCAAUGCAUUGUCAUCACGUUUAAAUUUACCUGUUUCCGAUAACAGUAUUAGAAAAUAUUUAGAUUAUCUUUCCGACGUUUAUAAAAGUAAUCGAUGGAAAGACAAUAAUUUAUUUCAAAUGAUUGAUGUUAAAUCUAUGAGUGACAUAUUGAGUGAACGCAUCAACAUUAUAGAAAAUAUUACAAACUUGCAAGAACUUGGCAAAGAAGACGAAGAAAUGAAAAAGUUAGCUGAAGAAGAAGAGGUAAUGUAUGAGGAACAAUUAAAUGAUCUUGAUGAAAAAUUAUUGAAUAGAAUAUGGUAUGAUCUUGAUAAGAAAAAUUACAACAAUAUCAUAUUGGAAUUAUCAGCUGGUGUUGGUGGUACAGAAGCAAUGUUAUUUGUCGAAGAUCUUUACAAAAUGUAUACAAGAUAUGCCAAUUAUUUAGGAAUAGAAUAUGAAUUAUUGGAACUUGGUAAAACUGACAAAGGUGGUUUGAGAUAUACCAGUAUUUUAUUAAAAGGUAAUUUAGCUUAUAAAAAGUUUCGACACGAAGGUGGUGUACACAGAGUACAAAGGAUACCAGAGACUGAAAAAUCUGGUCGUAUGCAUACCAGUACGGUGUCAGUUGCUGUUACACCAGAACCUACAGAUAUUGAAAUUAAUUUAAAUUCUAAAGAUUUGAAGAUAGAAACAAUGCGAGCAUCAGGUGCUGGUGGUCAGCAUGUCAAUACGACUGAUUCUUCUGUGAGAAUAACUCAUUGUCCAACUGGUGUCAUGGUAACUUGCGAAACUCAAAGAUCACAAUUGAAAAAUAAAGAAAUAGCACUGUUAAAGCUUAAAACAAUAUUAUAUCAACAAGAAUUGAAUAAACAAAUUGGAAUUGCUAGUGAUAUGCGUAAAAAGCAAAUGGGUUUAAAAAUGAGAAAUGAAAAGAUAAGAACAUAUAAUUAUAAUCAAGAUCGUAUCACAGAUCACAGAUUGGAAAAUGGUACGAUGCAUAAUUUAAAAAUAUUUAUGACAGGUGGUGCCGAAUUGGAAGAACUUGGGAAUAGAUUGCAAAAUGAUAUGCAAAUAAAAAUCUUAAUAGAUUUAAUUAAUAAUUUAGAAUCUGAAAGAAAGUAAUAUAUAAAUA